CGUCGACGUCGCCGGUGGCGGUGGAGCUCGGGAGCUUCAGGAAGCGCGUGAGUGAACCAUCUGGAUUGGGGAAAACUUUCAGUGUGCACACAUCCGUUGACCAGAUUAUAUAGACUAUCUUUGACUUCCCCACAAAUUAAACUUGUCAAUGGUAAUAUCUAACACGUUUUCAAUUGUCUCUAUAGUUGAAUAUAUGUCCCUUUGAAAAACUAAAUAAUCACAUUUUAAUUCAGAAUAAAAGGUAUAUUAAAAAUGAAUUAAAGGCAUAUAAUAUAAUCACAAGUAUGGAAAAAUUGCUGAUUGAGGCUGCUAAAAAGGGAGAUGUUGAGAAACUAAAUAAUUUAAUCAAAGAUGAUCCUUUCUUGUUGAGGGCCGUUGCAUUAUCCGACGAAGAAAAUCCGUUACACAUUGCUUGCAUCCGAGGGCAUCUCGAUUUCGUUAAGGAGCUGCUGAAUCAACGGCCGGGAUUCGCCAAAGAGUUGAGUAAAGACGGUUUUACCCCUCUGCACGUUGCUUCGUCUUGCGGUGAUGUAGAGAUUGUGAAGGAGCUGUUGAAAGUGGGGGGGUUUCAUCUUUGUCUUGUGAAAGGGAGAGAGAAGAGAAUCCCUCUUCAUUGCGCGGUUUCGAAAGGCAGAGUUGAGGUUAUUACGGAGUUGCUAUCGGCUUGUCUGAAUUCUGUCGCGGAAGUUACGGCUCGAGGCGAAACUUGCUUCCAUCUUGCGGUGAAAAAUAACCAAUUCGACGCGUUUAAGGCCUUGUGCGAACACGUUGUUUCGUUCGGUAAAGAGGAUGUAUUGAACAAGAAAGACGAACAAGGGAACACCGUUUUGCACCUUGCUUCAUCAAGAAAGCAAUAUGAGGUUAUCGAUUUCUUGAUGGACAAGGAUCUUGGUUACAAGGGCAAAUUGGAGAUGAAUUCUUUGAACAAAAAUGGACUUACUCCACUAGAUGUGUUGAUAUCACAAGGUGGUGAUUGUGAAAUUGAGGAAAUACUUAGUUCAUAUGGAGCUACACGAGUUCAAGAAACGAACCCAUUUCUUGAAAUCCCGAUAGAAAACCCGCGGGACGAACGAAAUACGGGUCGGGGUCGACCCAAAUCCGCCUCGAAGAAGCUUCAAGAAUAUUUCAAGUAUGACAAGAUUAAAGAGUCUCCAAGUGACGCUCGGAACACAUUGCUAGUGAUCGCCGUACUAAUCGCCACCGCCACUUACCAGGCGGUGCUCAGCCCACCUGGCGGCGUCUGGCAGGACGACUUCUCUCCGGAUAACAAUGUCGUCAAAACGCCACCGCGGCACACCGCCGGAAAGUCGGUGAUGGGGACUCAGACCGCGAUCUCGUUCGGCCUUUUCUUGAUCUUCAACUCCGUCGGGUUCUUUAUGUCGCUGCACAUGAUGAAUUUCUUGACCAACGGGCUUCCUAUGCAGUUUGAAUUGAGGGUCGCGCUUUUUGCGUUGUUCGCGACUUACGAUGUUUGCAUGGUGGCGAUUGCGCCUAGCGGGAUGAUAUCCGUGUUUUUCGUGGCGGUGUCGGUGGUGAUGUCGCUGGUGGUGCCGAUGUUGACCAAGGUCGUUAGAGAUCAUAACAAGUGGUGGCGGCGAAGCGAAUUGCCGGCAUAGUACAUAUAGUUGAUGCAAGAAAAUCAACUGAUUCAUUCGAUAUGCAAUAAUAAUUUUCGUCUGUCCCGGCUGUAAUAUUCUGCUAAAUUUAUAAAUUUUAUUAGUCACGAUCAGAGUUUAUUAAUUUGUAGAGAUUUAACUG